UAAUAUCUUUGCGUCAUUCUGUCCAAUAGACGAGCGUCGUUGGUGACUGAUUCAAGCUUUCUGUUGAUUUAAAAGGAGAGAUGCACAGCAAACCGGAUGAAUGAUGUUUUUCCAAAAGCGAAAUUGAAACAAAGAAGCGUCAAUCUGUUUCUUAUCCUUAAUAAUGUCGUUGACCGACGAGAAGACGAGUGAAUUUUCAGUGAAAUAUCAUCUGAAGACUGUAAGGAUGACAAGCCAUAUCAACGUUCAUCAUCCAAUUUUGAUCCAACACGUGAUCUAUACAGGCAUCCUUUUGUGGUUCACCCACCCAUCCCUCAUUUAUCCCUCGUGAAUUUGAUAGUGUGCAGUUCUUUUUUGUCUAUUCCCGAGUAAACUGGUCUAUACUCAAUUCGAUGCUAAGUAGUUUGUAAUCGAUCUACUGUCCAGACCUUUAUUUCAAACGUGGCAGUUAUUUGAUGUGCUCUACUCAAGUGUGUUUUUUCAUACCCUCGAUAUUAUCAUCCAUCGAGCAGUAGCAACUUUAUUGUCAUAUUUAUAGAGUAAGAGUAACAUGUUUCGCCGUCAAGCCUCUAAACUGACUAGCUAUGCUAGUAGGAGGAGAGGCCAUUGACAGGUGGACACAUGCAUUUUCAUCAAUGCGUUCCAAAUAAGUAUACGAAAGCUAGUGUCGUGCAGUAAAAAAAACCUACUAAUUCCAUUGUGCUAGUCCUAGCCAGAGACAUUUUCUUAAAGAGCUUCAUUGAUUUGCAUACUUUUGCAUGAUCACUGUAAAGAAAUCACGAGUAAGAUUCCAAAAUAUUGUGUGCAGUCAGACUUACCUCUCGUAUACAAUCUAAAGUAGGGCGAGGGCAAGUUGUCGGUACUCCCCAACUUGCUGUCGUACACGUACAUUACAUACAUGUUUCUUUUUGUCACAGAUUUUUCCACCUAACGAACUCUUUGUGUUUGGGGUGAGUUAUUAAUUAUGUAUUCGUUUUUAAUUAGCGGAGUUUAACUUGGAGAUAGUUUUCUAAACCUUCUUCGCACGUACCUCUACCUACCUUCGUCCACUAAGCUUUCCUUUUAUUUAUAUGCUACUCAUGAAAAUGAUGGGCAGCUUAACACCUUUGCGACACAUGCACGCUCAGCCGUGUCGUGCUAACUUGUUGGGAGCAAUGAAGGUCUUUUUGAUCUUUAUCUCUCUGCAAGUUGUUGCUGAGCAGGUUGCUGGAGACCAUGUUGACAGGAGCAUGGAUGAAAGCGAACAGCGAGUACCAAAGCGUCGCUUGCCCAGUAGCAAAGGUAGUACUCCUGUCUAUCCGACCAACUGUUAUGGCACCUGGAGUUCGUGGACCAGUUGCAGUGGUGGAGCGGCGCAGCAGACGAGAACGUAUACGAUUUACACCUAUCCUGCGAAUGGUGGGAGUCAGUGUCCCUAUUCGAACGGCGCAACUGAAAGCAAUGCCUGCCCUACAACAACCACAACGACCACGACUACGACGGUCGUGACCACGACUACAACUACUACUCCGGAGCCAACGACGACGACGACGACUACAAGUACUACUCCGGAGCCGACGACAACUACGACGACGACAACGACAGUCACGGAAACAAGCACGACCACGACUACAACGACGACUGAAACGACAACAACGACAACCACCACGACGUCGAGCACAACCACCACAACGACAACGACGGUCGAUCCGAGCGCCACAACCACCGUCGCUCCAGUCCCGGGACAGGCAACCACGACAACGACCACGACGACAACCACCACGACGUCGACCACCACUACAACAAUCACGACAACGGCACCAGGAACAACGACUACGACGAGUACCACCACCACGACAACUGUGGCACAAACUACCACUACUGUAGCAUCUUCAGCUACUGCAGCACCGGCAACGACUGUAGUUGUAGCAAGAACUACAGCGACUGCAGUUACCACGUCCGCCUCGACGUCCGCGCCAGCUGUAACAACUUCAACACCAACAUCGACGGCAUCUCCAGCUACGACGGCGGGCACAAGCGUCGUCACAACUUCCAUAGCACCCACUACAACAGCAAGCCAGAUCGAUGAUUCUAACCAGUCUUCCGCAGCGGAGGUCCUCGCUGUGUCUCCUCAGUUUCGCUUCGCACUGAGUUCUGGCGUUACGACUGCCUCACUAGCAGCGAAUCCUGUCUUCGAGGAUGCCAUGUGCUCGAGCAUGCUGACCACGAUGACAUUUUUGCAAAACAGUCAAUGUCGAGUUGUGGGGGUAAGAGCAGUGCGAAGACGGACGGUUGGGUUGGAAGAAAAAGGUCGUGAUGGUGGUGCUUUCUUCGAGAAGGAAGAUGUCGAUCUCGAUGAAGAUGAAGAUGAAGUUGAACAAGGCAACAUCCUUGUCGAGAAGCACAUUAACCACGUUGACGUUGACUAUAGGAAACUGACCUCUACGACGUCUGUCGUCGAGACCCCAUUGCAGGUGGACUUUGAGUUUUCGGUUUCUACCUCUGGAACAGGGAGUACACUUGCAGAGGUUGCCCAGCAGAUGCAGAGCACACCAGUUUCCUCCAACCUUGCGACUAUGGUGAACUCUAAAAUGUCGGCUGGUGGUAGCAGCGCUGUCACAGUACAGUCGAUCGUUUCGUCCAGUUUGCAACCUGUUGUCCAGCCUGUGAUCACGGUGAAUUGGGGAAGCAUGCUACCUGUUUACUUAAGGCUUCUUCUACUUCUAUUAAUCCAUCUUGUUCUUGACGGACAACAUGAUCCUUAACAAGAGGGAUCUCAAGGGGAAAUUGAGGUGCUCCUUAGUUAAGAGGCAUCUCAAGAUGGAUUAGGGCGACCGCUAAUUUACCCACAGAACACUCCAGCAGUGGCAGUGAAGGAGUUUCGUCCCGUGUUAUGUCCGCGUGGAUCGAAGUUGCGGUUCGACUGGGGUUCAUCUAGAAGUGGAGGUGGCUCCAGCACAAGUAGAAGUGUAGACUUACAUCGAGUAUCCUCGGAGUCGGAGUACGUGACCUGUUCGGUGUCUACAGCCUUGAGCACGUCAACUCUGCUCUUGGCCGGAAAUGCCGGGACUAGUACGCCCUACGACUUUUCCUGCGACUCCACUACGGAAGUGGGGAGUUACUUCUUCGUCACCGGAAGGAACUCGGAGUGCGUUGGCAAAGGGCACCGCAUUCGUGUCCAGGUGACCGAUCCGAGUCUUACCUCCACGUUGCGAGCUACUUUCAAUCCAGAGACAGGCGCAAAUCACUGGAGUCUGGCCAUGAUGUUGGAGUCCUACAUGAUUCCGGCAGAUCGAAGAGGAGGCUUUACCACAGAUUCGGAAGCAGAUUUGGCUCAGAAGUAUUUGUGGUGUGUGGAGCCACACGCGCCGGCCAGUUGCGCCGACUAUUUAUCAGCUUCUUCGAAUACGCGGGAGCGUUGUCUGGCAAGUGUCGAGUCUGAUAUAGGUUAUGCUUUUCGCAAGAGGCCAACGCCGGAUUUCGUGAAGUCUGAAGAAUACUACGAUAAGGCAUUGGCAACGCAGCCAGAAUUCUGUCAAGCUUUAUCGUACAAAACCGAACUCUACCUACAAAUGGGCACGAAUCUUGUAGAAGCGGGGAGUCUAUUUCGACGUGCGUGUACUAGCUGUGGCCGGGAGAGCCUCGAUCUGCGACAUGUGGCGGUCAGCUAUGCGGAAAAGGGCUAUGCAUUGCCUUGUGGAAGUGCUUGUAGUGACUUGCUGGCGCCGCAAGUUUGUCAGGAUCCUCUUCCGAAUGCUGUAGCGACGCACGGCUCAGGUGGAUCUUCUGGUAACGGUGCAUCCGGUCGUGCGGGGGAAGGUACUUCCUCAUUCUCUGCAGGAGCUUCUACUGCUUCUGCAGGUUUUGAUCUCUCUUCGCCUAUGGGAUUGGGCCUUUUAGCAGGUGGUGCGAUCAUCGUUUUAGCCUCUCUAGGCUUCGCCACGCGCAUUUUCAAAAGCCGCGCGAAAGGGGAGGACUCGAGUGUAGAAGAAGAAGACGAAGGAAGUGGUAGUGCAAGCGGUAGUGGACAAGGAGGUGAAAAACAAGGGGACUAUGCUCGGGAUCUCGAAAAAGGAGAAGGACAGCUACUUCCUGAAGCAAUGAGUACAGCGAGUAGCAGUACAACAAACGUGAAGUAUUAUAGCAAGAACAAGAUGUUGAGUGCUAGAACAAUGAAGACGAGCAGCACGAACAAGAGCACAACAAAAGUUGCUGAUAUUUACGAUGUGGAUGGCGUCAAUUGUGAUGUACCUCCACGAGGACGAAACAAGCAACCAGCUAAUUGUCGCUCAUCAACGGGAGACGACUCAACAUCGGCUUCGAACACUUCCAGCACUAGCAUUCGCGGUGUCAAAAUUGAACCGCAAACCCAAGAUGAAUCUGCAACCGGUGAGGUUAAUACAGUCAUGACCUCAGGAAGAAGCAACAAAGCUAAGAAGAAUAGGACGCCAUGGUCUCAAGAAGACACCUUGCGACAGGCCCAAGCGGAACGAGCUAGAAAGCAGGCAAUGAGACAAUCAACUUUUGAGGAGCAGCAGGCGUCUGCUCAAAUAUCUGGUAGGGCUUCCAACUCUAGUCGCGGUAAAAAUGGUCGUAAUGAACAAGAACAAGGAGCAGCAGGAGGAAUGCCAGGAUCUUCUAAGAAGCCUAAAAAGGUAAAACGCGGCUCCUCUAGUAGUAGAGUCCACGACGACGAAGCUUUACUUGAUGACACACUCGAGAUGAGCCAGAAGCAACUUCCUUUUCGUGCUUCCAAGCUCGCCGCACUACAACAAGGAGAUAGCAGUCACCAGAUUCCAAGUAUAAGAAACUCGACUUCUUCGGCUGCUGCCCAACAGCAAAUGUCGAGUAGACCAUCGUUUGGCGGGCCUGAUUUCAACAGCCGCGGUUCAGGCGAAACCCAGAUGGGAUCGAUGCAGGGGAGACGAAGCAAUAAUAAAAGGUGAAGAUAUCACAUUUUUAAGAUCAUGGGUUUGUUAUUGUUUGGACAAUGUUAGGAAAAAAGGAACAGAUUACAACUUAUAUAUGUGGUGAGUUCAACUAUUUCUUGCAUUUGAUUACCAAGUUGUAGUACUUCAGCGUCGAGUAUUAUAAAUUAUUAAUUAUAAUAGAAGUAGACGGAAGAUUAGGAUUGUGAUUCAAUUGUGUUGUAGAAAUCGUUCAUAUUGUUUUCAGGCACUCUGUCAGUACUGAUGCCGUACUGCUACGUGAGUUGAGCUUUGAUUUUGAUAGUGUGAGCUUUAUGUACAGUACUGUAAUGUUUUUUCGAAAGUACUUACAACAACAAGAAUGCAUGGUAUACUUUCAGUUCGAUUAGUGCAUUUCAUUUUUGAGUAAAAAGAGGAGGUAGUUGAGUUAAGAUUAUGAAAUCGUAUCAAGAAUCCAUGUGUCGUAGUCAUCAUCGACGCGACAUCAACAUCCAUCGGCAUUUACAGUACUGUCGUGGGUGUGAGAACAACGAACUAGGUUUGAUGUGUCAUAUUUGAUUUGUUUGAAAGGGGCCAACGAAGUGAGUAAAGUAGUCGCGAACUCAAUCUUUAUAGUAUGUCCAGCCACAGCAUCUCCG